AUGUACGUGUGUGUGAGCGUGUGCGUGUGUUCUUUGUGUUUUUUUUUUCUCUUCCCCCUCCACAUUCGUGUUCUUCGUAUACACCUUACACCCUGCGUAAACACCUCCGUUCACACAAACACACACACACAGAGAGACACACCGGCAAGGCGGUCACCCAGAACACCAGAAAAGAGACGGAAACGCAGGCGGCAAUCGACCAGGCAAACGUGUGCGCUUGCACAGGCAUGUGUGCUCAUGACGGUGGAAGUCACGGAGAUUCAGGGAAAGCGUCAAGUACGCGGAGGAAGCACGCCGGAAAAGGUGGAGGUUGUAAGCAGCACUGGCCUUUUCCUUGCCUUCCGCGCCAUCUCUAUAUCCUUCCUGAUUCUCUUUAAGAUUGUGUAUUGUUGUUGUUUUUUUCCGUCAAAAGCGGAGGUGCUAGAAGUGGGUUGGAUGGGGUUAAAAGGGAGAAGCAGUGGAACGCGAAAACUGUCUCGUUCGGGAUACAGAGAAAAAGAGGAGGGGGAGAGCAAGAAAAUCCGAUGUCCGUUCUUGCAAACCCGAACGUGA